AUGGCCGCCACCAAGGUGGCAGCAGCGGCGACAGAGCUGGCGGCAGCCCGCGAGCACGGGCUGGCCGUGACCCGCGACUUCCACAGCAACCCCCGGCUGACCCCCGCUGUCACCAAGGGCGUCCCUUGUGACCUUGGUGCCUUCGCUGCCGGGGCGGUUCGGAAGCCACCUCGCGGGGAUGUCCCCAGCCGGGUGGCUCCGGUCCCUCCCGAGCCGAGCUGGCCCUGCCCGGCCACCCGCCGUGUUUGCUGUCAACAGCGGCCACCCGCGGACACGGGUUGUCCCUUUGGGGUCUGUUCCUGGUGCCAUUUGGGACACGAGCAGCAGCAGAGGAGGAUCCAGGGACACUCCCAACCCUUGGCCACCCUGCCCUGGGGGGCUGUGACCCCUCUGCCCCACAACAACCCCCGCCUUUCCUACAGGACAGUGUGCGGUGUCAACGGGCCCCUGGUGGUGCUGGACAACGUCAAGUUCGCGCAGUACGCCGAGAUCGUGAACUUCACCCUGCCCAAUGGCACCACCCGCAGCGGGCAGGUGCUGGAGGUGAUGGGCGCCAAGGCCAUCGUGCAGGUGUUUGAGGGCACAUCGGGCAUCGAUGCCAAGGCCACAACGUGCGAGUUCACGGGGGACAUCCUGCGCACGCCGGUGUCCGAGGACAUGCUGGGCCGGGUGUUCAACGGCUCCGCCAAACCCAUCGACAGCGGCCCCCCGGUGAUGGCCGAGGACUUCCUGGACAUCAACGGCCAGCCCAUCAACCCCCACGGGCGGAUCUAUCCCGAGGAGAUGAUCCAGACCGGGAUCUCUCCCAUCGACGUCAUGAACAGCAUCGCCCGCGGACAGAAAAUCCCCAUCUUCUCCGCCGCCGGGCUGCCCCACAACGAGAUUGCAGCACAGAUCUGCCGCCAGGCCGGGCUGGUGAAGAAAUCCAAGGAUGUGGUGGAUUUCCAUGAGGACAACUUCGCCAUCGUCUUUGCAGCCAUGGGGGUGAACAUGGAGACCGCGCGGUUCUUCAAGUCGGACUUCGAGCAGAACGGCUCCAUGGAGAACGUGUGCCUCUUCCUCAACCUGGCCAACGACCCCACGAUUGAGAGGAUCAUCACGCCGCGGCUGGCACUGACCACGGCCGAGUUCCUGGCAUACCAGUGCGAGAAGCACGUGCUGGUCAUCCUGACCGACAUGAGCUCCUACGCUGAGGCCCUCAGAGAGGUGUCGGCAGCCAGGGAGGAGGUCCCAGGCCGCCGCGGCUUCCCUGGAUACAUGUACACGGACCUGGCCACCAUCUACGAGCGCGCCGGGCGCGUGGAGGGCAGGAACGGCUCCAUCACCCAGAUCCCCAUCCUCACCAUGCCCAACGACGACAUCACCCACCCCAUCCCUGACCUGACUGGCUUCAUCACCGAGGGCCAGAUCUACGUGGACCGGCAGCUCCACAACCGCCAGAUUUACCCCCCCAUCAACGUUCUGCCGUCCCUGUCCCGGCUGAUGAAAUCGGCCAUCGGAGAGGGAAUGACCAGGAAGGACCAUGGAGACGUGUCCAACCAGCUGUACGCCUGCUACGCCAUCGGGAAGGACGUGCAGGCCAUGAAGGCCGUGGUGGGCGAGGAGGCCCUGUCCGCCGACGACCUCCUGUACCUGGAGUUCCUGCACAAGUUCGAGAAGCACUUCAUCUCCCAGGGUCCCUACGAGAACCGGAGCAUUUUCGAGUCGCUGGACAUCGGCUGGCAGCUCCUGCGCAUCUUCCCCAAGCAGCUCCUCAAGCGCAUCCCCGAGAACAUCCUGGCCGAGUUCUACCCCCGCGAGGCCAAGGCGCCCGAGCAGGGCACGGCCCUGUGA